AACCUCAUUUUGGGCCCUCAAAAAAACCAAACACAAAGGUCAAUUACAUUACAAACAUAAAAAGCCUAAUUCAGUUAAGUUGAGCUCAAUGGCUAAGUCUUCAUGGGUGAGAGGCAAGUGUAUUGGUAAGGGCGCGUUUGGCUUUGUUAAUUUAGCGGUUUCACAAAGCGACGGUAGAGUUUUCGCGGUGAAAUCCGUUAAUUAUAAAACAGGGCUUCCAAAUCAGUUAGAAGCUUUGGAGAAUGAAAUUAGGAUUUUGAAACGGUUAUCUUCUUCUUCUCCUUCUCCACACGUGGUGGCUUUUCUCGGCGAUGAUGUCACGUGCGAGGGAGAAGGAACGUCGUCGUUUAAGAAUCUUCAUUUGGAGUAUAUGCCAGGUGGCACCGUUACUGACAUGGACCGUGCUGACGUGGAUGAACGGUUAGUUAGACGCUUCGCUUGGUGUCUGGUUAACGCGCUGAGGGAAGUUCACGCGCGCGGUGUUGUGCACUGUGACGUGAAGGGGAGGAAUGUUCUCGUUGCCGGCUCCGCCGUUAAACUCGCCGACUUUGGAUCCGCGGUGGAAUUUUGCGGCGGAGAAUGUUUUAAACCUCGUGGAAGUCCGAUGUGGAUGGCGCCGGAGGUGAUUCGCCGGGAGUAUCAAGGACCUGAGUCCGACGUGUGGUCGCUCGGAUGUACGGUGAUUGAGAUUUUCACCGGGAAAUUGCCGUGGGAGGAUCGAGGCUUCGACACAGUGAAUCGAAUUGGAUUUUCCGACGUGUUGCCGGAGUUUCCAAGCGGUUUAUCGGUGGUCGGGCGAGAUUUUCUCGAGAAAUGUCUGAGUCGAGAUCGGAGCCGGAGAUGGAGCUGUGAUCAGCUGCUUCAGCAUCCAUUUUUACUUCCGUGUGAUAGUGCUAUGGAAUCGUCACCUCGUUGCGUUUUGGACUGGGUUAACUCGCGAUUCACUGAGUCAGAAAACGAGUUCGAAGAAGAAGAAGAAGUAAAGUUGAAUAGUAGUGAAAAUUCAAUUAAAAACAGGAUCGGUAAAUUAACUACGGCGUUGAGAGGGGUAAAUUGGGAAACAGAGGGUUGGGUCGUAGUGAGGGCAAUUGAGUCCGAAAAAGAAGCAACAAUGUAUAAUGAAGCGUGUGGGGGCGCAGAUGUAGGGGUAAUAUGGGAAUUUGAGAAUGUGGUGAGGGUUGAAGAGGGAAUGGAGGUAGGGAGUAGUUUGGAAUAUUCGGAUUUUGAUGAAAGGGUAAAUCGGGAAAUGUGGAAGUUGGUGUGGCAGCAUGAGUGUGAUGAGUGGAAGUACAACUGCAACCGCAAGAACAGCGUUAUAGGUGGAAGUGGAAGUUGUUGUGAUUGGUCUUGGAGGUGUCGUUAUAAUCACGGUUCGAAAAAGUUUAAUACGAUUAUCGUUAGUGGAAUAUUCAGCAAUUACACCUUGUGUUGUAAAAUAUUCAAAUCAUGUUAUUUAUUAUUCUCAAUAUACUAUCACUUUUGGUUAAAAAGAUUAAUGAUUUGGUGUUUGAAAUUGAGAUGCAGGUUGAAAAUUAUUAACUGUUAUAUUGAUUUUAAGUUAUAGUACA